UCGCCCAUAUCGGUCUCUUCCGGCUGUGUGUCAGCCCUUCAGUAGCAGCAGCAGCAGCAGCAGCAUCCCUGCCCAAGAGAAGCGAAAUCCGGCCAUCAUCACAGGUAUGUGCUUGCACCUCUCCCAAGCAGACUACAUUCCAAAGGUCUCAAUGAAACUGUGUCCCUGUUUUGGAUGUGGUAGCAAGUCUCCAGAGACAAGAAAGUGAAAGAGAGACCAUGUUUUAGAGACCCCGUGUUGGCAGCCCAUUAUCUACAAUGAACAAUGAAGACGAGUUCCAUGAUGCCGUCACAGGCUUGGAUUCAGAUGAGUCGUGUGAAGGCACAUCAGAAGCCAGUUUUAAAGAUGCUGUAGUGUAUGACGGCGCUCAGAAGAACAAUGGAGCGGUUCCUCAGGAGAACGGAAUUAAGAAGCACAGGUCGUCUCUUCCUGCCCCCAUGUUCUCCAGGAAUGAUUUUAGUGUGUGGAGCAUUCUCAAGAAAUGUAUUGGACUGGAGCUGUCCAAGAUCACCAUGCCCAUUGUGUUCAAUGAGCCCCUGAGCUUUCUACAGAGAAUCUCUGAGUAUAUGGAGCACACAUACCUCAUCCAGAAAGCCUGCUCACAGUCCGACUCUAUAGAGAGGAUGCAGACGGUAGCUGCCUUUGCUGUGUCUGCAGUCGCUUCUCAGUGGGAUAGAACUGGAAAACCUUUCAACCCGCUUUUAGGAGAAACCUAUGAACUCACACGAGAGGAUCAGGGUUUCAGACUGAUCUCAGAGCAGGUGAGUCACCAUCCGCCAAUCAGUGCGUUUCACACUGAGAGUCUGACAGGUGACUUUGUGUUCCACGGCUCCAUCUACCCCAAACUCAAGUUCUGGGGCAAAAGUGUGGAGGCAGAACCUAAAGGGACCAUCACGCUAGAGCUUUACAAGCAUAAAGAGGCAUACACAUGGACAAACCCUUUCUGCUGUGUACACAAUAUAAUUCUUGGUAAACUGUGGAUUGAACAGUACGGCACUGUAGAAAUUGUCAACCACAGUACUGGAGAGAAGUGUGUACUGAACUUUAAACCCUGUGGGAUGUUUGGAAAGGAGCUGCACAGAGUUGAAGGUUACAUCCAGGAUAAGAGUAAGAAGAAGCGCUGUGUGAUCUAUGGGAAAUGGACAGAGUGUAUGUGGAGCAUCGACCCGCAGGUGUACGAGGCCCAUCGGAAACUCGAGAAGAAAGGAACAACGGACACUAAAAAACAGAAACAGGAGGAGCCAGAAGCCGUCAACGAGGAUGCCGAUGAAAUGCCUGAAGUACAGGAGACUGUGGCAGUGAUUCCUGGUAGCACAUUAUUAUGGAGAAUAUCAUCAAGACCGCCUAAUUCAGCAGAGAUGUAUAACUUCACUAAUUUUUCCAUGACGCUGAAUGAGCUGGAGCCUGGCACGGAAGGAGUGCUGGCACCAACAGACUGCCGCCUGCGUCCUGACAUCAGAGCCAUGGAGAACGGCAACAUGGAUGAAGCCAGCAGAGAAAAGGAGAGACUGGAAGAGAAGCAGAGAGCAGCUCGUAAAGAGCUGGCCAAAGAUGGUGAAGAGUGGUCGACUAGGUGGUUUCAGUUAGGCACAAAUCCAUAUACAGGAUCACAGGACUGGCUGUACACUGGCGGCUACUUUGAUAGGAAAUACACCGACUGUCCUGAUAUCUACUGAUGAGGAGGUGCAAGUUCAAAGAGGUUUUGUCACCUCCUUCCUCCCUCUCUCUCUCUCUCUCUCUCUCCCCAGUCUACAACAACCCUCUACACGAUGCACCAUCCACAACGAUAGUGCUUAUGCUCACAUUAAACUGAGUUGCCUCCAUCUUCAGCACUUGUGUUUAUGAUUGUGUUUUUGUCCUUUGGAAGCGUCUUCUCUCACUUCCCAUCAACCCUGUAGGUUUUAUCAAUGGAGGAAAGCAUCGAAACAGCAGUAGGAGAACCAAUUUGCCAUUUUCUGCCUUUGAACGUACAAACCCCUCAUCAGAGAUCCAGUUUGUUUGCCGUCAGCAAUGCUGGAGCUCAAUAUAGAUGUAGUUAUGUCACCAAUAAAAUGUGACUGAAGUGCU